UCACAAUUAUUCAGAACCAAAUCCAUUUCUAAUUAAAUCCCUGUCCUGUCUCUGUGCGCUUUGCCAUCACAGGCUAGCCAGGUUUAGACAAUAAUCUCGGCUAUUGUGUCAUAUCUCUGGAAAAUGAACAGCGCUGCCUUUGAUCAGCUGAAGUGCAGUCAAAGGGGUGGAUCAACCUGAAAAACAAGCUUGCAUUAGAGUUACAACAUUAUGGCACUGCUGAAGUAGCCACAGUGACACUCUCAUCUCUUCUCCUCUCUUCUCUUUUGCAUGAUUUAAUCUGGAUUUGUUUUAUUACUUCUUUGCCCAUUCUUGACACAAAAUUGGAUUCUUCAACAGGUAUUUUUUUUCUGCAAACCCUGAUGGUUUUCUUCAAGAGCUGCCUAUUCAAACGGAUACAGCUUUCUGUCUACCGGCACAGUAAUACAGAGGCCUAGAGAUGCAAACCACUACUUCAUCAACCUCAGUGUCAACUUCUUCGAAUUCAACAACCAAAUCCACGGAGCAGCUACUUUAUCAGAGCUCAGGGGCCAUUACAGCAGCUAUUGUUAUUUUUAUCAUCAUUGUCUUCGCCAUAGUGGUGUUAAUACUGAAAACAUACAACAAGCAAACACGAAUGAAGAAUGAGCUUGCACCAAGGACCACCAAGAAGAUGUCAACCAGCAUUGCUAAAAGCAGUUCAGCCACUGGAAGUGUAGGCCAGAACAACAUUGCUAUGGGCAUCAUUGGGCAAAAUGGCUUUGUUUUAAACGGUGUGACUGAAAACAGCACAUAUCACACUUCUGGGAGCUUAUUUUCUAUACCACUACCAAAUGGAAAUGUCACAGAGCUGCCAAAUGGGAAUGUAACAGAAAACCGGUAACAGUCGGCUAUGGCCACUUGUUCAGGACUUCAAAGUGUGCCAUCAUCAUGCAUACUCAUUGCAGUAUAUCAGGUCCUGCUGCUUGCACAAGAGUAGAAACAAUGAAAGGAAGACAAUCAGCACUGCCUUUUUAUGAUAAAGCUAAGGACAAUGGACUAGACUCUGCAAUCACUACUAGUGAUUUAAAUAAAAAGAACAAUAAACAUGUCUUACUCUGUAUGAAUAAUGUAGAAAUAAUACAGUUUUGUAAAAGAACUGUGCAUUACUAAAUAUCUGUACCAGAUCCUUUGCACAAUGGACAGAGAAACAAAAAAAGAAAAUAUAUACAGCUAUUUUGAGAUGCCAUACUACACAAUGUCAAACUUGAAGUUGCUGAUCUUGUUACCAGAGAAUGACAGAUUAUAUGACUAGAAAUGAUAGCAUAUGCCAAAUUAAAUAACUGUGUGAUGACUUUCCAGCACAGUUUCCCAUUUCCAAAGUAUCGUAAGCUUGCCCCUUUUUCUGACAGCAAAUAGUGAUCUGCCUGACAGGGCCAAUGCCUGUCUUAAGGUUUUACAGGUAUGGUGAGUUCAUCUGCAACUUUUUUUUUCAUUCUGCCAUAGUACAUAAAAUGCACAUCAUCAGAGAGAUGAGUCUCUCUUCUGUUUGUCUGGUCCAAAACACCAGUAUUCCUCAUUGCUCUGUGUCACAUUAUAUGCCUUGUACCUCUGAGUGAGCGCCUCUAUACCUUAAGGCAUAAUCAAACCUAUCACUGGGUAUGUCAGACUACACUACACUGAAAAGAUUAUAUAAAUGAAGUCCGCAAAUGACAAAUACUAGAAAUGUCAUGUAAUGUGACAUGGCCUUUAGGAUGUGCUUUAUUUCCAUGAGAGUUUAAGGCACAGUUUAAAAAUGAAACUACUUUAGGUGAACGGUAAAUGAAACCAGGAUUUAAGCACUAUUAAAAGGGAUUUGUUUUAGAAGUGACCUGCAGCUGUAAUAUCUAAUGCAAAAAAUAAUGUACACAAAUUAAAAAAAGUUUAUAUUUGUUAUGAUGUAAACAUAUAACAAUUACUGAUGCUAAAACAAAUUUGAAUUCCUAAAAUUACUUUAGACCAAAAUUGCAAACUCAACUCUGCUCCAGUCAUAUACAAUGAAUAAUUUGUACCUGUCAAUAAACCAUUUGCUUAAAUAUAUACAGAUCAACUACUUCCAUGGUCUGUAUAUCCGUAAAGCUUUUCACUCGUAUAACUGAGGUGUGUAUGGUUUUAACCACUUUAAAACAGAAAAAAUGUAUUUAAGGGGAGACACCUCACUCUGCCUAGCUCAAUUAGUCAGCAUAAUUUCAGUAUCGCAUUGGAUUUUAAAACACCGAAGAACAGUUCAACAACAUUAGAUAUUUCAGAGAUGACUCCUACUAUAUAUCUUAAAAGUUGUUUACUUUCUGCUUCCAUUGGUGUCUUUUAAAAAGCAUAAUGCUUCAAAUUCUGCAGAGCAGACCAGGUGGGGAUAAUAAUAGAACGUGUUUAGUAAUCACACAGGGCACUUCAGCUAGAAUUAAGCUCCUUUAUGACUUUUAACCAGAGAGCCCAAAUGUCAUAGUCUCAGCAAGGCAAUCUAGUUCAAAAAUAUGAAAUGAGGAUUAAAAACGCUGCCAUUCUCAGAAGAAAGAGAGACAUUAUAAGCCAUGAUAUAAAAAUGCUUAACAAUAAUACACAGAUUAACAAGUAAUAUUUUGUACUGAUCUGUUAAGAAUUAUGAAAAAAGGUUAUCUUAAUGCGCAUAAAUUCUCUCAAUUACAAGACUGGAUGCAGAACAAGAAACAUGUUAAUCUGAGAUCUGGUAAAAACAAAGAAUCGCAUGGUUAGGCUGUUUUGAUUGCACAAGCAUACCAAAUCUGACUAAUUGGGAAAGGGUUUCAGAUAUAAACAUGAACUUGUAACAGAACAAUUGUGAUGUGAUGGGGCCAACUUUGCCAUUUUCCAUGGCUUUGAAAGUGUUGUCUUGGGUAAAACCAGCAUAUAAUGUACCACAGCCAUUACUUUAAGUUUAAAAUCUGCUUAGAAAAAUGAUAAAAUAAUUUGAGUGUUUUAUGCACUUACCAAAAAGCAUACUUAUUUUACUUUGAUCCUACUGGUGAAUGGGGCAAUUUUCUGAAUAAGCCCUUACUUUUGUCUCUGUUUAACACUGUUUUGUAACGUUGUCUACAAAAUUAAACCAUUUUUCAAUUGUCUGUGUUGUACAAAUAUCAAUUUUCAGUUAAUGACUAUUUUCUUCUAUCAUUUGAAAAGAAAAUUAAUACACUGUAUUUCUGAUCCAUAUCCACAGUGUGACUUUACCUGUAAAAUAUUGUAAGCCAUUGUUAAUAUAAAAAGCAAACUCAUUCCCUCUUUAAAGAAAAAUCAACUGUAACUGUUUUGCUGAAAGAAAGAAUUUAACACUUCAUAAUGGAAAUGACUGUGACAAGUUUCACUUUGACUAAGAGAUUUGUUUUUGAGCGAUCAUAUCUAGACUUAAAUCCUGACAGAUGGACAGGUACACGCAUCAUUUCAAAAGUAGACAAAUCAUGUUGAAGGAUGCUACAAGUUUUAAAUCUUGUACAUAUUCAAAGUAAAAAAAACUACAAUAAUUUAUUAGUAAUUAGCUUCCUCUCCCAUCCAAAAGAUUUUUUGGAUUAGCCAUGAAUAAUCAUGUUUGAAAAAGAAUGAAUGAAUGAAUAUUCCCUUAGGUUUGAACACCUUGGACUAUUUAUUGUUUUAACCUAUAUAAAAACAUUUAUGUGUGACUGAUUACUAUGAUAGAUUAUCAGGAAAGGACUGCUUUUGAUUUGUGUCACUUGCUUCUAAAAGUAAGCAAAAAGCAUUAUUCAUACUGCCAUUUCGAUUUCUUGGUAUUCAAAUCCCCAUUUUCAUUUCUAUUUAAUGUUUCUGUUGUCACACCAAUUGUAAAACUACUGUAUCAACCAAUGCUUCCUUCACAUAUUACAUGCCUACAAGAUCAUGGUGAGAAAAACUACUGAAAUUCAUUUUGACAAGUUGCAGAAUUCAAGAAAUAAAAACCUAUGCUUAACUUACGAUUCAUUAAAAUAAGCCCCAAAUCUCAUGUCAACAGUGAAAUUUGUGUCAAAUAUACUUCCUGGGCCACUUUGGAUUAUAUAAAGGCAUACACAUGGUAUUCAAAAUGUAAAAUUGGCUUAAAUCAAUUUUAAAAUUAACUUGAAAGAAUACAGUUGAACAGAAUUCACUUCAGUAUGGAGCUUAAAUAAGUCCUCUCCUGCAAAUAAAUUGCUGGAAAAAAAAUA